CGGACACGAAUCGAUAUCCACAUGGCCGACAAGCGAAACGAAUUCGCAACGUUGCCAUCACCAGCCGCGAUAAUCUGCUACGUAUUUGUUACUAGUGAAGUGCCUGCUGUCGAUGAACCAAUCUGUGUUCUUGCCUUAAGAUGCCAAAUGAAAAUCGCACUGAUUACGUUACUUCACAAAUUAUAAAAUCCCAUGCGCCCUUUUAUGGCUUACGAGGAACUGACGACUUCGUGCAAAGCGGCAACGCCGACCGCGCGCGAUCAACAUUCUAUCGAAACUCUGGAGCCGCGUCGGUUUCAGUUUCGGCGAAGUCAAGUUUGGUGUGUGACGUAAACCGCUUAAUUCGUCGCGAACGUUGUGUUUCGCAAACAAUGUCGCCGAAGCGAGCUUUUGAACCGUAUCGCACACUGUUUGUGGUCUGCACUUGUUUUCUGCGUCUCAACACGGACUGUCAGCUGAUCAUCAACGUUCGAAAUCAGGGCGGCGACGUUGUUCAAGAAACCAUAUCCGCCAACGCCACCGAAGACACUGUGACCCUGGAGUUCCAGAGAUCGGAUGGCACUCUAGUCACUCAAGUAAUCGACUUUCGAAACGAGGUGCAGAUAUUGAAGAGCCUUAUACUAGGUGAGGAGGAGCGGGGCCAGAGCCAGUACCAGGUGAUGUGCUUCAUUUUCCAUUUCCCGAAGGAUUCGUUUAUAUCGUCGGACGCCAUGUCGAAACUCAGACAGAAGAAUCCGAGUACUAUACGCACCCCCGAAGACGAUCUGGGAAGGGUUAAUCACACGUUGGAUCACUCGGUCGUUUUGAAACACUCGGCCGUCAUUAGUCCCUUCAUUCGGGACGUAUGUUCAGAAGCGGGACAGGCGUCGUAUACGCGAUACGAAGACGUACUUAAAUGGGCCACAGUACGCGGGAUACCGGUAGCGUCGUACCAGGCCGCUUUGAAACGUUUCCCCACGACACCCGAUUACGUCGGCACCAACGACAUCGAACCGCGGCAACCGACCUACAGUAUAUCAAACUGUACGGACGUCAAAAACAUUUGGACACCGUGUACGUGUCAGCUCGAGCAGUGCAUCGGUUGGUAUCCUUGCGAAUUGAAGUACUGUAAGGGCAAAGGUCACACUAAAAACUCGGUGACGACGUACCGUUGCGGGAUUAAGACAUGCAAGAUAUGUCACAGGUUCGUCUAUUACGUCACCGAGAAGCAGCAGUGUUUGUGGGAUGAAUGACCGCACGACGAUUACGUGACGGCCAUGCCUUAAUAGUAGUUGUCUUGACGUAAUAGUUUUGAGACCCGGACCAACGCGCGGUACCGUUCCCGAAUUAGAACCCUUAACAUUUAAUCGGCUUUCUUCGGCGACGGCGUCGCGCGACGACAACCUUAGGAUUGACUUUUGAAUCGUUUGUUCUAAAAUCGGUAUUCGAGGAAAAUUUUUAGUAGACGAGAUUCCCAUGGCUGUGAUAAAGAAAAACAAUUAAUAAUAUAUUAACUGUGAGUGGAAAAUUUGUAACAAAGGGGUAUAAAAAAACACGUAAAAACAAUAAUAGAGCAACAGUAGACUGUAUAAGACGGUAACGAAUUGAACGGCCUGAUGACGAGGGGCUUUGCCUUGCGGGUUUGCCAGGGGUGGACGGUUUUGUUUUGAGCGAUGUUAUUUGUUUUACGCCAUAGACGGCUUAAAUUUGCAAUAGGCGGGGGCGGGGCGGUGUCACGUUGCCUUCUUUGGGACUUACAGACAAUAACCUCGCACCGUCAACAUUGCACUGUAAUAUAUUUCGACGUAUACAGGAUAGUGCAAUAAGGUUUAUUUAUCAUUAUUUCCAAAAAAUGUUUUAACAAGUGUUACAUAAAAUCGAUAGACAAAUAUUUUAAAAAUAUUCUAAAUUAUACGAGACGUUUCAUAAAAAGGUUACAUUUUUAACUCUUCUAAGCUCUGUAAACGGUGCCCCAAAAAGACUUUUAUUUAUUAUCUAGAGAAGCUCGAAAUGGGAGGUACCAGUAUUUUGCCCUCCACUUUUUUCUACGGAGAUAAUUAAGCAGUUUUCCAUAAAAAAAGGUGCUCUUGUUUAAAGUAAAGACCUAAAUUGUAUUUAGGUAUCAUGAAAUAUUUCGGAAAUAACUAAAAAAACGAUUUUUUUUAGUCACCCCGUGUAUUUUUACAUAUGUUUUAUAUUUUUGAAGUUAAAUUUGAGAAAAGUCUCAUCUGAAGUCUUGUUAUAUAUACAUUUCUUUUGGAAUUAUCGUAAUAUGCAAAAAUAUAUAGGAUGUUCCACUAAACAAAUAUAUUUUUGCGUUGCUACGCUUUUAAGAAACACCCUGUAUAAUUGAGAAUAUUUGAAACAUUUAUUUAAAACAUGAUAAAUAGGAGUAUUUUGCAGUUUGUACACUUUUGUUUAAUGUUUUGCAAAAAAUUUUGGGGCCUUUUCUUUAAUUUUUUUUAUAUAAGCCAACAAUACUUUUGCCCCUACUGCUAGAAAAAAAUGAAAUGUAAUUUUUGCAACGAUUAUAUGACAGUGCUUCGUCGGCGUGUGUAGUAGAACGCUUAGCUUCUGAGUUUCACAAUCGCUUCUUUUUUUUUAACUUUCGUUCGCAGUAGAUGCCGGACGUAACAGGCGUUUUAUUUUUCCCGGAUUCGAUAUUGUGCACCGAGCAACCGGUCGUCGAUAAAUAUAUAUUUUCCCUCAACUUCCGUCUAUGUUACUGAAACGUACCGGAAUUUGCAAUGAUAAAAUUCGCAAAAUUUCAACGAAGGGAGUUGGUAAUAUUGACGGUAAUGGCACCUCAAUUCUCUCGUCUGGUGCGUGUUUUCCUUUUUUUUUUCAACCGCGCGCCCGCGAACGUCAAAAAGGAAUGUGCGAUAAUGAAGAAAAAUAUUAUUUCUCCUCGCUCGUACAGCGGCGAGGUGGUGGGGAUGAUCAGAGAUUCCCGCUCGUCCAUAAUACGGUCUCUGCUAGACGUUUCAAUGUUUCAAUAUUUCAGAUUUCUCAGCGCCGAUUUUGCUUAUUUUUCGUUUUACUUUCAGCGGGGCAAUGCUUAAACAGUGGCGUACACGACACAAAUUCAUUUGGGGGGGUGUGAGGGCUUUAACUAACAUUUGAAAUUGUUAGUCUAUUUUCCGGGGGAAAUUUAAAUUUCCACGGUCCCCCACCCUCGUUUUUAUGGGUGUUGCUAAAAUGUGCAGAUCUUAAAGUGAUAGACCGAAGUUCAAUUUUUUUUAACAAACCGUGCAUGGAUAGAUUGUACCAUUUCAAAAUGAGCCUUUUUCAAAAGCCUCUGCAAUUUUUUGCUAUGAAAAUUUUUGUGUUUUUAUGAAAACAUUUCUUUUUCAAGUACAUAGUAUUUUUAAAAUUAGUAGUUUCACAGAAACAAAUGUUUUUUUAUACCAUUUAUGUUUUUGAAUAAUUCAAAGAACCUGAGUUUGCUGAGUUUUUCAAAAAAAUAAAUUUUGAAUUUUGAACAAGUAGCCGUUGGACCAUGGAACCAUAUACAGAAAACAAACGCGUACUAGCAGUUCUUAAAUGAUGAUUUGGGUCUAAACACGCUAGCAUUAAGUUUAAACUUUUCAAAUAGAUUAAAGUAAAAUCAACGGGCAAUCGCGUCCAAAUCCUUUCACACUAUUCACACAACAUCCCAUUUAUUUUAAAGACGACCGAAAUUCCAAUCUAACAACGUACGAUUUAGUUUUCUCUCCGCCCAAAGGCUAUGUGUUCAACUUUAUAUUAAGAAUAGGGCUCGAGAAAAAUAUCAAGUGUGCUGUAUUUUUGGAAAGGAUUUUUUUUUUCAUAGAAAAACCAAAGUUUUUACAGCAAUUUAUGUCCAAUUUAGCACUCUACAUUUUUUAUUUAUUUUUCGCUUGACUUGUCAUGACGAGAAAAAUUACGAAAGAAGAAAAAACGCGAAAGCAGACAGUAGUAUUGUAGUCACCCUUCUCGCCACAUUUUUCGUUUGUUUCUAAGCUAACCGGACGGUGUGCGGAAUUAAUCCCCAUGAACUGGAUUGAUUAUAUCGUAAAGCAAUACCCGACCACCAUUUUAUUUUUUGCGACAGCCAAUCAGCGCGCGCGCACGGAAGACCUUCGCUUCAUGUAAAUUUCCAUGACUCCGUGUAAACUGACGUUAAUAAAGUGUUAUUUUUUAG